AUGGCGGGCGGUGCAGCAUAUGCAGUGCAUUCCUUUCCUCCUCCGUCCAACGCUGAAAAGCCGGACACUGAGUCGGCGGCGCUCAUGCCGUCCCAAGAGCUCCGCAAGAAGAAGCGCAUCAAGUGCGUGUUAUUCGGUGCGGCGUUCGCCGUCUUCCAGACCGCGAUAAUCCUAGUCUUCGUACUCCUCAUAAUGAAGUACAAGGCUCCAAACUUCCGCCUUCGAUCGGCCACGUUCGACAACUUCAACGUUGUCGCCGCGCCGCCUUCAAACGCUUCAUUCGACGCCAGAUUGAACGCUCAGCUCGGCGUAAAGAACUCAAAUUUCGGUCCUUAUAAGUACGGAGAAAGUAAAGUUGAAUUCUUUUAUGGGGACUUGGUUGUGGGGGAGGCUGUUGUUCCCGGCUCAAAAGCUGGGCUUAAAUCUACUAAGAAAGUUGAGGUUGCGGUGAGGGUGUCGUCGGAGAAUGUUACCGACGUUAAGCAGCUUGGGAGUGAACUGAGUUCGGGGAUGUUGAGGUUGAACGUCCGGUCAAAGUUGGAGGGGAAGGUGACGUUAAUAUUUGUGAUGAAGAAGAAGAAAACAAGUCAAAUGGAUUGCAUCUUGACCAUCCAUCUGGACAAGAAAACAUUUCAAGAUAUAACAUGCAAAUAG